AUGCCGGGCAAUGAGGUGUUUCCCACUUGGAUAGCCAGCCAGAGGCUGCCUUUCGACAACGAAGACAUUGACACGACCGUCUUUGAUGCCAAGUUCUACCCUUAUGAGACAGAAGACAACGAUCAAAUCGUCGCUGUUGUUGCGGCUGAUACCGUCGUUGUUCUCCGUCCAACACAAGGCGCUGACCGCCCGUUUGACAUCUUGUGCUGGUUCCAAGACGAGCAGACACCGCAAGCAUGUUACAAUAGUUUAUGCUGGACAAAGCACCCCUCCACACGAAAUCCCAUCCUGUGCAUUGCAGGCUCUGAACCCAAGCACAUCAAGAUCCUUGAUAUUGAAAGUGGACGCCCUAUCCGUACUAUUGCAGGCCACGGAAGAGAGAUCAACGAUUUGGCUGUGUCCCCUGUCUGUACCAACCUCAUCGCCUCCGCCUCAAAUGACAACACUAUACGGCUAUGGAAUAUCGGGGAAGAGUACCAGCAGCAGCCAUGCGUGGCGCUUUUCGCCGGCGGUGGGCACAAGGCGCCUGUAUUGGCAAUUCGCUUCCAUCCCAAUGGCCGCUGGCUGCUUAGUGGCGGCAUAGAUACAGCUGUCUGUCUGUGGGCUAUCCCAAGUGACGCUGAGCUCGACCAAGGCACCGAGAACUCACCUUAUCGUGCCACGAAGAUUGUCCACUAUCCUCAUUUCUUCUCCACGGAAGUGCAUCCCAACUACGUCGAUUGUCUUGCCUUCUACGGAGAUCUUAUCAUUUCCAAAGCAGCACGGGCUGACGAUAUCAAGGACAACGAGAUUCAGAUAUGGAAGAUCGAUGGCUUCAAUUCCGAGGCCGAAGUCCCUGAAGAGCCGCCCAUACCCGUUCCUGGAAACCAGACUCGCUCCUCAUUCCCUCACGACAGCCGCUUUCGGGGUUUCCAGCGUCUGCUCACUCUGGACAUACCCAACACCUCUCGCUUCUACCACCGUUUUGGUCUUCUCCACGCUCCUGGCAUGCGACCAAUCCUGGCGAUGGGCAACGAGCAGUCAGCCUACAGCUUUUGGGAUCUGCAAAGACUAGACGAAGGCAUUGAUCCCAAAGAGCGGCCGAAACCCAAGAAGACCGCAGGACGAGGGAAAGCCAACGUUCUCAAGGAGUCUUUGACUGUUCUUCCAUCCAGCGACGGUGCCCGUGAUGGUGCCCGCUCAUCCACUCGUAUGAGACUCCCAAUCCCACAUGACUUCGAAGCUGACUUCCUUCCCAGCUGA